UGAGGACCUACCUUGGGGGUGGAGCUCAGGCAGGCGUCUCACCAAUUACUCAACGUCAGUUACUAAUUUUUAUCAUCAAAUAAUUCAGUUCCUCGUUCUAUCCAAACUCAAUACUCCAAUAAAUCGACUGAAUCGUCCAGAACAGGUUUUCGGCCAAUCGGCCAAGAUGACGGCCGACAAGGUGACCCUGGGCGAUGCUUUAUCGAACGUAGACGUCCUCGACGAGUUCACCCUCCCCGACGAGCAGCCCUGCAUCGAGGCCCAGCCAUGCUCCGUAGUCUACCAAGCCAACUUCGACACAAACUUCGAAGACAGAAAUGGCUUCGUUACUGGCAUAGCCAAAUACAUAGAAGAAGCAACUGUCCACGCCAGCCUAAACGAACUUUUGGAGGAAGGUCUCGAGCACGCGGUAAUGCUCUACACUUGGAGAUGCUGCUCCCGUGCGAUUCCUCAGCCCAAGUCCAACGAGCAACCAAACCGCGUCGAAAUCUACGAAAAAACAGUCGAAGUCCUUGCCCCAGAAGUCAACAAACUCUUGAACUUCAUGUACUUCCAGCGAAAAGCCAUUGAACGAUUCUCAGCCGAGGUGAAACGCCUCUGUCACCAGGAGAAGCGUAAGGACUUCGUAUCGGAAGCCUACCUCCUCACCCUGGGUAAAUUCAUCAACAUGUUCGCAGUCCUCGACGAACUCAAGAACAUGAAGUCAAGCGUGAAGAACGACUACUCGACCUAUCGCCGAGCAGCUCAAUUUCUCAAGGUAAUGUCAGACUCUCAAACACUUCAAGAGUCCCAGAACCUCUCAAUGUUCCUCGCGACCCAGAACAAAAUUCGCGACACAGUUAAAGAAAACCUGGAGAAAAUCCCCGGCUACGAGGAGUUACUGGCAGACGUGGUAAACAUCUGCGUCCACAUGUUCGAGACGAAGAUGUACCUGACGCCGAACGAAAAACACAUGUUGGUGAAAGUAAUGGGCUUUGGAUUAUUCUUGAUGGACAGUGAGCUCUGCAACAUAAACAAACUCGAUCAGAAGAAAAAGAUCAAGAUCGACAAGAUCGACCGAAUCUUCAAGAAUCUCGAGGUUGUUCCGUUAUUCGGGGACAUGCAAAUAGCCCCGUUCAACUACAUAAAGCGCUCGAAACACUUUGACUCCUCCAGAUGGCCUUUGUCAGCCUCUUCCAACAGCAUGAGUCCCCAGGCAGACCUGAUGGUGCACCUCCCCCAAAUCCGAGAGGACCACGUCAAAUACAUCUCCGAACUGGCGAAAUACUCAAAUGAAGUCACAACGACUUACAAAGAGUGCGGGAGUGAUUUGGAGAAUCGAGACACUGCAGAGCUAGCCUUGCGAGGUCUUCAAUUAUUAUCACAAUGGACGAGUGUCGUCACCGAAUUAUACAGCUGGAAGCUCCUGCACCCCACAGACCACCACAUGAACAAGGAGUGCCCCCAGGAAGCCGAGGAGUACGAACGUGCAACCAGAUACAACUACACGGACGAAGAAAAAUUUGCACUGAUCGAAGUGAUAGCUAUGAUCAAGGGUCUGCAGGUCUUGAUGGCUCGAAUGGAGACGGUGUUCAUCGACGCAAUCAGACGAAACAUCUACGCUGAACUACAGGACUUUGUCCAGCUGAUGCUGCGAGAACCCCUACGAAAAGCCAUCAAGAAUAAGAAGGAUCUUAUCAGGAGCAUCAUCGUUUCCGUAAGAGAGACCUGUGCCGAUUGGCAUUUUGGGGUUGAACCGUUGAGCGAUCCUGCACUGAAAGGAAAAAAAGAUCCCGACAAUGGAUUUGGGAUCAAAGUCCCUAGGAGGAACGUAGGACCAUCGUCGACUCAACUCUACAUGGUUCGAACGAUGUUAGAGUCUUUGAUUGCUGAUAAAAGUGGGGGCAAAAGAACGUUGAGAAAAGAUAUCGAUGGAACGUAUCUGAUGCAGAUUGACACAUUCCAUAAGACCAGUUUCUACUGGAGUUAUCUAUUGAACUUCAGUGAAUCCCUCCAAAACUGUUGCGAUUUGUCGCAGCUUUGGUACAGGGAAUUCUAUCUCGAGAUGACGAUGGGAAGGAAAAUCCACAAAUGUCAGGUACGUCAUCAACACAAUGAGGAGUGCAGUGAUCUGAUAACAAUGGAGAAGAGGAUCCAAUUCCCCAUUGAGAUGUCGAUGCCCUGGAUUCUGACUGAUCACAUUUUGAGAAGCAAAGAGCCUUCGAUGAUGGAGUACGUCCUGUAUCCGUUGGAUUUAUACAAUGACAGUGCAUUGUACGCCCUAACAAUCUUCAGGAAGCAGUUUCUGUACGACGAAGUUGAGGCAGAAGUCAAUCUGUGCUUCGAUCAGUUUGUAUAUAAACUCAGCGAGCAGAUAUUCGCCCAUUACAAGCAGUUGGCAUCGAGUAUUCUUCUGGAUAAAAGGUUCAGAGUUGAGUGUGUAGCACUGGGAGCUUACUUGCUACCUUAUCCGAGAGCAAAUCGUUACGAGACUCUUCUGAAACAACGACACGUGCAGCUACUCGGGAGAAGCAUAGACUUGAACAAAUUGAUCACCCAAAGGAUCAAUGCAGACAUGCAGAAGUCUUUGGACCUAGCCAUAUCCAAAUUCGAGUCUGGGGACAUAACUGGGGUUGUUGAGCUCGAUGGGCUCCUCCAGGUGAACAGAUUGACCCACAAAUUACUGAGUAAACAUCUGGCCCUUGACGAGUACGACGCAAUGUUCAGGGAAGCCAAUCACAACGUUCUUGCUCCCUAUGGAAGAAUCACUCUUCAUGUAUUCUGGGAGCUAAACUACGACUUUCUACCCAACUACUGUUAUAACGCUGCCACCAACAGAUUCGUCAAGUGUCGAGGGAUUCAGUUCGUCCAGCCUGUGCACAGGGACAAGCCCCCGCAGAUGUCCCAUCAUUACUUGUGGGGAAGUAAGCAGCUCAAUCUCGCUUACAGCACUCAGUUUGGACAGUACACUGGCUUCGUUGGACCCCACCACUUUAGAAUGAUGUGUAAACUGUUGGGUUACCAAGGAAUUGCAGUUGUUAUGGAGGAACUACUGAAGAUAGUCAAGAGCUUGAUCCAAGGGAGUUUGCUUCAGUUCACGAAGACACUUAUGGAAGCUAUGCCCAAGGUCUGCAAGCUUCCUAGGUAUGACUAUGGCUCCCCAGGUGUGCUUGGGUACUACUCUGCUCAGCUGAAUGACAUUGUCCAGUAUCCGGAUGCCAAGACUGAGUUGUUCCAUAAUUUUCGAGAGUUUGGGAAUACUAUUCUGUUUUGCUUGCUGAUGGAGCAGGCGCUAUCGCAGGAGGAGGUCUGCGAUCUUCUUCAUGCUGCCCCUUUUCAGAAUAUUCUGCCGAGACCGCACUGCAAGGACGGGGAGAAGCCGGAGACGAAGCAGAAGAGGUUGGAGGCGAAGUAUGCAGCUCUGCAGAUUGUGCCAAAUGUUGAUAAGCUGGGGACUGCCAAGCAAGCCAUGAUCGCCAGAGAGGGGGAUCUGUUGACGAGGGAGAGACUUUGCUGUGGGCUCAGUAUCUUCGAAGUGGUGUUGAGUAGACUGAAGAGCUUUCUGGACGAUCCCAUUUGGGUGGGACCACCUCCCGCCAACGGGGUGAUGAACAUCGAUGAGUGCACGGAGUUUCAUAGGCUUUGGAGUGCUCUACAGUUUGUGUACUGCAUUCCUGUUGGGGAGACUGAGUUCACGGUUGAGGAGCUCUUUGGGGAGGGCCUCCACUGGGCUGGAUGCGCUAUGAUUGUACUGCUGGGACAGCAGAGACGCUUUGAGGCCCUCGACUUCUGUUAUCAUAUUCUGAGGGUGCAGAGGGUCGAUGGGAAGGAUGAGAACGUGAAAGGAAUUCAUCUGAAGAGAAUGGUAGACAGAAUUCGAAGAUUCCAAGUAUUAAACUCCCAGAUAUUCGCUGUACUAAACAAAUACUUGAAGAGUGGUGACAGCGACUCAACCAGUGUUGAACACGUGCGAUGCUUUCCACCCCCGAUACAUCCAUCCCUCGCCCACACCCAGCAGCAUUAUCACGCUCCCGAGUACCUUCGCCAAAUGAAUCACCAAUAGAUCUAUUCUAGCUUAAUUUUCUAAUUAUUUAUAAUUGAAUGCACUGAUAUGAUAACUAACACUCGACUACUAUUGUGGAGUUGUUCCGGAGAAUUAAUGAUUUUUAGAAACCGAAAGGAAGCAGUAGAGUUAUCCUCCAAGAUAAUUGAAAACUAAGGCUCAAACAUUUUGGAAUUUUUCAUCGAACGGGGGAGAAUUCAACAAGAGUAGGAGAGAAAUUAUACUGAAGUUUUUUUAAUAAUAAUAUAUGCAAUAUAUCAGUAUAAUACAUUAUGUCAUUUUGUAUGAACAAUUAUAGUAAUUGUAAUGAGGAGAGUCGUAAUACAAAGAAUGUUUGAUUUUUAACCGAUAAAUAAACAAAACUUUUUGUAUAUACCAUA